AUGCCACCCAAGGACGCUAAGGGAAAAGGAGCUGCUUCAGGAAAGAAAGGUGCUUUAACUAAACCAAAAAAAUCAUCUGGAGGAAAAGCUCCAAAGAAAUCAUGGUCAAAGACCAAAGUCAAGGAAAAGUUAAACAAUGCUGUUUUAUUUGAUAAAGCUACCCUUGAUAAAUGUACCAAGGAAGUUCCAUCAAUGAAAGUUAUUACACCAGCUGUUGUUGCUGAUAGAAUGAAAAUUACUUGUUCCCUUGCUAAAAUUCUUCUUAAAGACCUUGAAAAGAAAGAAUUAAUCGUUCCAGUUAAAGUUGAUAAUCACAUUUGGAUCUAUACUAGAUCAGCUAAACACGCUGCUGCUGCCCCAACUGAAGCUGAAAAGAAACCAGCUAAGGGAUCAAAGAAACAAGUUAAAGCUUAA